CCCCCCCCCCGGGCAGUGAUCCAUCCAUCCACAGUUGGAGCUCGAGCUCGAGCUGGAGCGGCCCCCGCCAUCAACGCGCGGCCCAGCGGCGGGCGGCCCUCACACGAUGAACAGCGGGCCCCUCAACAACAACAACAACGACAGGAUCUCCGCCGUUGUCGGCACCUUCUCCGCGGCGAUGGUGGCCCCCGAGCCCGGCUCCAGCACCACCCUGGCCAACCCCGGUGUCUCCUGGUUGCCCGACACCCCCACGCCACUGGAAGAGCCGAUUUUCCUGAUGACCACCGCUGCCCAGGGUGUCUCGGGGUUCUUUGUGUGGACAGCGCUCCUAAUUACCUGUCAGCAGAUUUACAUGCACCUGCAAUGCUACAGUGUCCCGAACGAGCAGAGACACAUUGUACGCAUCCUCUUCAUCGUCCCCAUCUACGCCUUUGACUCGUGGCUCAGUCUGCUCUUCUUCACCAACGACCAGUACUACAUCUACUUCAACACCGUCCGUGACUGCUACGAGGCGUUCGUGAUCUACAACUUCCUGAGCCUGUGCUAUGAAUACCUCGGCGGUGAAAGUGCAAUCAUGUCAGAGAUUCGUGGCAAGUCCAUUGAAUCAAGCUGUAUGUACGGGACAUGUUGCCUCUGGGGCAAGACCUACUCCAUUGGCUUUCUGCGCUUCUGCAAGCAGGCCACCCUCCAAUUCUGCGUGGUGAAACCACUGAUGGCCAUCAUCACCGUGGUUCUCCAAGCCUUCGGCAAAUACAAAGAUGGCGACUUCAACGUUGCCAGCGGUUACCUGUACGUGAUGAUCAUCUACAACAUCUCCGUCAGCCUCUCCCUCUACGCUCUCUUCCUCUUCUACUUUGCCACGCGUGACCUGCUCAGUCCCUACAGCCCCGUGCUCAAGUUCUUCAUGGUCAAGUCCGUCAUCUUCCUCUCCUUCUGGCAAGGUAAGUUGCAUUCAUAUUGUCCCACUGCAAAUUGGAGGAGCUGCGCCUCAUAUUUCGCUUGGGUAGUUUACAUUUCUAUUAAUACCAUUCCCCCGCACCGUGAACCUCCGUGGGCGAGGGAAACAAGACCGUCGGCUGCCGGCUACCACCGAACUUCAUCGUCUGCAUCGAGAUUUUUCUUCGCCGCCAUGCACGCUCUGCGCUACGAGUCGUCACCUCCAAGGUGUAAGAUUGAGAUGAGGGGAACAAGCGUUGGAAUCUGGAUCUCGCACAAGGUAGACGCGGCCGGGGGCUUGGAUGCCAAGAGAGGCCAUAUAACUCUAAGGGCUAACGAAUCAAGGUACCUUUCUCUCACCCUCUCUCACUUUGUCUUUCUCUGUCUGCCUCUUGCUUCUGCCAAUCUUUCACCCGGGAUAGUGCUGGCGUAUGGUCCGUACGGACGUUGCGCCCCAAUGAAGAGCAUCUCAAGCAGCCUGAAGGAGACGAUGAACCCGAACGAUAUUGUGCAGGACGCCAUCCACAACUUCUCUCCGGCGUACCAGCAGUACACCCAGCAGUCCACGCUGGACCGCAGCACACCCUGGCACCAAGGCCACGGUGUCUCCCGCACCCACAGCGCCACCAGCGUCCGCGACACCGAGAAGACCCUCCUCCUCAGCUCCGACGACGAAUUCUGAGACCCUGGACGUCCGCGCGGCGAGAGUGAGAGAGAGAGAGAGAGAGCGCGACGGUGAGCCAAGGGGCGGCCCCCCCCCCUUCCAACCUCCCUGGGACCGGGCCUGGAGGCCGGCGGCCAUUUUACCCGGGGAACCGCAGGCGCCCAUGUACAAAAGAGAAAAAGACACAAAGUGCUGGAGUAACUCGGCAGGUCCGACCCGAAACAUCGCUUGCCCACAUUCUCCAGAGAUGCUGCCUGACCCACUGAGUUACUCCAGCACUUUGGCUUGGCAAUUGGACCGUUGCCUUCUGAAAGGAGAAUAUCGACCAAUUCAGGCCAAUUGUUUUUGGAAUAGAAACUUUUAUUUUUAAUGUGCUGGGGGUUGUUGUGUUUUUAGGUUGUCCGUUGACAGGGAUGAGGGGUUGCUACCACGACAAGCUCUGUUCAUGUCCUUUCUGCGCCUAAUGCAGGGCAUGGGAUUGGUGCUGGCAUCUGGAGGGGACUUUGCCCGGAGGUCCAACAAGAGGCUGGUGCCAGCAAAAUGCAGCCCAUUCCAAUAGGGUUGGGGAGGGGAAGGUUUGUUGCUGCAGGGAAGAGGCUUCAAAGGAAGCAAGGUCGCUUGCCAGAAUUGUGGCUUUUUUACCAUCUUUGGACCCCUCUCGCUCCCCCACUCACCCUCUCCAUCUCCCCACUUUCUCCCUCUCACCCUCU